AAGGCACAUGUUUAACAGGCUCAAUUACAACAACAUGCUCUGAUCUGCUGUAUAUUUUACUUGAAAACAUAGUCACAUGGUUUGAAAGAAAAAAAUUAUUUAAGCGAGAGGAGGAGGAAAUGAGGACCGGAUAGCAGCACGCUUACCUGGCAUAACUUUACUUUUGCAUUAUGCUUACACUCAUGAAUUUACCUGACACAUCUGUGCACUUGGGCACCUAUUGGAGGAACUGACCUGGCCUUUGCGGCCUCACUUAAGGAGAUGACGCAGAAUGGUACAAAAGCCGGCAAUGGCACUCAUACUGAUAGUCUUAAAAUUGUGAUCGUUGGAGAUGGGGGUUGUGGAAAGACAUCCCUGCUCAUGGUAUACGCCAAAGGAGAUUUCCCAGAGAAAUAUGCUCCAUCUGUGUUUGACAAAUAUGUCACCACUGUGUCUUAUGGAGGAAAAGACAUACAGUUGAAUCUUUAUGAUACAGCAGGCCAAGAAGACUAUGAUCGCUUGAGGCCACUCUCCUAUCAAGAUGUAAACCUCGUUAUCAUCUGCUAUGAUGUGACAAAUCCAACUUCUUUCGACAAUGUGACGAUAAAGUGGUACCCUGAGGUCCGUCAUUUCUGCGGAGAUGUCCCCAUUAUCCUCAUAGGCUGCAAGACAGACCUGCGAAAGGACAAAGAGAGGACGAGGAAACUCAAAGCCUUAGAUAUGGCCCCCAUCACCUAUAUUCAGGGCGAAGAGACCCAGAAGCAAAUGAAUGCUGAAAUAUACCUGGAGUGUUCGGCUAAAUAUAGAGAAAAUGUGGAGGACAUUUUCAGAGAGGCAACCAAGCGGGCAUUAGCAGCACGGGCUAAAGCAAAACGUGCCCGCAAAAAGAAGAAACGUUGCACCAUUCUGUGACCAUUGCAGGAAGAACAAACAGCGAAAACACAUUUUCUUCAUUCACUUUUUGAUACGAACUACAAUAUGUUGUAUACAUUCAAAAACCAUCUGUAAUGCCUCUCAGAAAUGGUUAAGCUGUCUCCAAGGAGUAUUUUUUUACAAGGACAUGAGGAGUGUGUUCUCUCACAGUCCUUCCUGCAAGAAAGACUUAGUGUUUGACUUAGUUAUAUGACUUGAUUGAAUCUUUUCUUCCACAAUUGUGAAUCCAAUAAGAGAUGGACAAAACUGGAGUAAAUGCUGCUGUUGUUUUAGGGAAGACCACAAAAAGUUUGGUGCCACUUUGGUUACAUUCUUUGUGUUUUAUGAUGCUUUACUGUUUUAACACACAUCUAAUGUUAUGUAAGUCAUUUAAUUUUGUAACUCCUGCCUACUGGGAUAUAACAUGUUAUUGGGGUAUAUUUAGGCAAAUCAAAAAUGUUUACAUUCAUAACUCGGGUAGAGAGAACUGUACUGGGCAUGUGCGGUAUAACUGUCAUCAGUCUAGUUUGUUUGUAAUUGAAGAAAUUUAGUGUUGCAAUUGCCCCAGUUUCACCCGAUUACACAAUAGUUGUAGUUUUAAACGCAGUUACAAUAUUGUUACAGUCCAUGGGCUUCCAAAUCUGUCUUUGAUUGUCUGUUUUCGGAUGUAUAUUUGGAGACAUAUCACUUUAUAGGUGCUGUAAGCGAUUUGUUUGUUCAUGGAAAGGUAUGUUGCUACUCCCUAAACAUUAUUAAUGAAAUAAGUGUCAUGAGAUAUCUCACCUAUCUCUGGGACAGCUCUAGACUCUGUAAACAGCAAACAAAAAUGUUCCGCUUUCUGCCUGUCAAUCAUAAUAUUGUAAUUGCAGCAAAGUAGUGAGGCUUAAUGCCAUUUUAUUCCAUGUUGUUCAUAACAGUGUUCUGUUGAGGGCGCUAUUUUACUGAUGAUGUUUUUGACAACAAUUUCUGCUGAUCUCGGUCUCAAUAAAGCUCAUUUGGUAUCUUCUGA